AUGGGGAAGAAUUACAAGGACCAAGUUUGGUGUGAUGUAGUUUCUAUGGAUAUUUGUCACAUACUCCUAGGAAGACCAUGGAAAUUUGAUAGGCGCACUACCUAUGAUGGUCACAAAAACACCUUUACCUUUCGAAUGGGAAAAAGUGAGAUUGUUCUCUUACCUGGCAAGAAAGAAGCAGCUAUUCCAAAAAUCCAGCAAGAGAAAGGUAACCAUUGUCUUACUUUGUCCAAAUUCUUAAAAGAAAGUGAAGAUAUAGGUAUUAUGUAUAUGUUGGUUGCUAAGGAAGCAGGGAAAUCCACAAAUGUCUCUAGAAAAGUAGAGCUUGUCUUGGACGAAUUCAAAGAUGUUAUCUCGGAUGAGUUGCCUAGUGGUCUUCCCCCACUUAGAGACAUCCAGCACCAAAUAGAUUUGAUUUCUGGUUCAAACCUUCCAAACAAAGAUCACUACCGCAUGAGUCUUAAAGAGCACAAGGAGCUGAAAAGACAAGUUUCAAAAUUGCUUGAGAAAGGUUAUAUCAGAGAAAGCAUGAGUUCGUGUACGGACAGUCGUGCUAUCAAUCGAAUCACUAUCAAAUAUAGGUUCCCUAUUUCGAGGGUUGAUGAUAUGUUCGACAGGCUUGUUAGUGCCAAAGUAAUCUCCAAGAUUGAUCUUCGAAGUGGGUACCACUAA